UGCUGGGGGGGAGUGGAGUGGCGGUGGCGGCGGCGGCGGCGGAGGCGGCGGGCGGCUCCCGCCUCAGCCUCGGCAGUGGCGUCGGCGACGGCGGAGUCGAAGCAGCCGCGAGUGCUCGGCUGAGUGUCAGCCGGCGGUGACGGCUCAAGAACUGGGAGUUAGGGACACGCGCACCGGACCUUCCGCCGCCGCCGCCGCGCCUGCCGCCGCCGCCCACAGCCUGAGGCGCCGGGGCCGGGGGAGCCGGGGGGCCGGAGAGCGAGCGGGCCGGGGGGAGGGUGGGGGAUGGCGCGGACCCCGGGGCCGGCUCCGCUGUGUCCCGGAGGCGGCAAAGCACAACUUUCCUCCGCUUCUCCCCCCGGGGCCGGGCUCCUGCUGCCGCCCCCGACGCCACCGCCGCUGCUGCUGCUGCUCUUCCCGCUGCUGCUCUUCUCCCGGCUCUGUGGUGCCUUAGCUGGACCAGUUAUUGUGGAGCCACAUGUCACAGCAGUAUGGGGAAAGAAUGUUUCGCUGAAGUGUUUAAUUGAAGGAAAUGAGACUAUCACACAAAUUUUAUGGGAGAAGAUACAUGGCAAAAGUGCACAGACUGUUGCAGUUCAUCAUCCUCAAUAUGGAUUCUCUGUUCAAGGAGAAUAUCAGGGAAGAGUCUUGUUUAAAAACUAUUCACUUAAUGAUGCAACAAUUACUCUACAUAACAUAGGAUUCUCUGAUUCUGGACAAUAUAUAUGCAAAGCUGUUACAUUCCCACUUGGAAAUGCUCAGUCCUCUACAACUGUAACUGUAUUAGUUGAACCCACUGUGAGCCUGAUAAAAGGGCCAGAUUCUUUAAUUGAUGGAGGAAAUGAAACAGUAGCAGCCAUUUGUAUCGCAGCCACUGGAAAACCAGUUGCACAUAUUGAUUGGGAAGGUGAUCUUGGCGAAAUGGAAUCCACUACGACUUCUUUUCCAAAUGAAACAGCAACAAUUGUCAGCCAAUACAAGCUUUUUCCUACCAGAUUUGCUAGAGGAAGGCGGAUUACUUGUGUUGUAAAACAUCCAGCCUUGGAAAAGGACAUCCGAUAUUCUUUCAUAUUAGACAUACAGUACGCUCCUGAGGUUUCAGUAACAGGCUAUGAUGGAAACUGGUUUGUAGGAAGAAAAGGUGUUAAUCUCAAGUGUAAUGCUGAUGCAAAUCCACCACCCUUCAAAUCUGUGUGGAGCAGGUUGGAUGGACAGUGGCCUGAUGGUUUAUUGGCUUCAGACAAUACUCUUCAUUUUGUCCAUCCACUGACUUUCAAUUAUUCUGGUGUUUAUGUCUGUAAAGUGACCAAUUCCCUUGGUCAAAGAAGUGAUCAAAAGGUCAUCUAUAUUUCAGAGGUUCCACUUAAGCAGACCUCUUCUAUAGCUGUAGCUGGAGCUGUAAUCGGAGCUGUCCUUGCCCUUUUCAUCAUUGCCAUCUUUGUGACUGUGCUGUUGACUCCUCGAAAAAAGAGACCAUCCUACCUUGACAAAGUGAUCGACCUUCCACCCACACAUAAACCACCUCCUGUGUAUGAAGGACAGUCCCCCCCUUUGCCUCAGAAAGACCUUCUAUAUCAGACUGAACACUUGCCUCUGCAGACUCAGUUCAAAGGAAGAGAGGUUGGCAGUCUCCAGCACCCUAAUGGACUGAAUAGCAGAAGAUUUGACUAUGAAGAUGAGAAUCCAGUGGGGGAAGAUGGGAUUCAGCAGAUGUACCCCCUCUACAAUCAGAUAUGCUACCAAGACGGGAGUCCUGGCAAAUAUCAUCCAAGCCGUGACCUGGAGAGAGUCUACAUCAACCCACGGGAACAUUACGUGUGAUUGUCCUCUUUCUCCAGUGGUGUUCUAACAAAUGUUUAUUCUUAGAUUGAGGGAGAGAAACUGAGGCCAAUAGGUAUGAUCUUAUUCUGUCUCAUAUAAAACAAUCCCAGUCUAAGUAUAUCAGAAGUCGUGAUGAAUGACUUGGAGCCAAUAGCACAUUUCUUCCUUUUAUUAAGAGUUUCUUAAUCACCAGCUGUGUUUGUGAACUUGACUCUAGCUUUGUGUGUUUCUGUGAUGAUGGUGUUUAACUACUAACAUUUGGCCUACAAUGGCAUGUUCAUUUAAAAGUAGAGCAUCUGCCUGGGAUGACAGCAGUGAUUCUCCAGAACGAAAGGCCCCAGCUGGGAGUAUUAACCUCACUGGGUCUCAGGCAGACCAGCCUGUUCAUCUGUAACUCAAAUGGGCAGGAAAAGGAGCUCAAAAUCCAUCUCACUAAUUAUUUAGUUGGGAUUUGGCUUUUCCUGACAUGCUUAAUACAAUUACAAUACCUACUUACAAACAGGAGGCCUGAGAAAAGAGGCAGAAUUUGUUGUUUAUCCCAGAAACAAUAACAAAAGGCAGUUCAGACCUUCAAGUCUGUUGGUUUCUUUUAGACUCUUGUGAUAUUGUAAUAUGCAUUCCUUCUUGAUCACCAAGGUCCUGAGGGAUGCAUAUUUCUUGCUAUUAUCGGCCUAGUCUUGAUGAGCUGUGUGCUAACCAGGGUUCUUCUCUUACUCGAUCAUUGUUCCCACAGUUGUGUUCUUUAUAGUCCAGAUUAGCCUAUUUCCCACCUAUUAAAUUCUAGAAGCCCUGUCUAACUGGUGGACAGCCUUGAGCCUUGAGCCCUCUUUUCUGUGGUGUUGUAUAUGACAGGCUCAACUUUCACUACUGAAACUUCUUUCAAACUAAUCCUAUCCACACAGGCUUUGGCUACCCUUUGCAUUCUUCAGACUUUUUAUUGUCUGUGUUUUAUCUACCUCAGAAAAAAGCCUGCUGGAAAAUCACCAUGAAAUAACCCCUACUCUUAAAACCCAGGUAGAGAAUUUGAAAACCUAAAAAAACAAAAAGCGCCUUUAAUAUGGCAUAUGUGCUAAACCCACGUGUGGUCCUUGAUCCCUCUUCCCCUACUUUAACUGGUCAAUAAUAAGAGUAAAGAGAUACUAAAACGCAAAUAAUACAGUGACUAACUUACCAGUCUGGAGUUGUCUCACUUCCCUUUGCCAGCUUUUCCUUGAUGAGCUUGAAGGUAGCAAUUAUAGUGGGGUGAGCAGAGGAAGGAACACAGGUACAUGUGCAAGUGUCAAUCAUCUGCCCUCAUAUCUUAAGAAAAGCAUUGCUUUACUAUGUGUUCUGGAAGAUUAUGGGUCUGUCACAGAUAUAUAAAAAACACUGCAGACUUGUCAUGUAUUAGGAAAGAGUGACAUAAGCACUAAAAUAAAAUAGUACACGUUUCCAACCUAAGCUUCAAGGGAAUAGGAGAAUAUUAACAUAGAUUUCUAAUGGGAUACCAAAGAUACAUUAUGAUUCAUGUUUUGCUGGCUCUAGUUCUUGCUUGUGUGUUUGUUUCCUUUCUUCAGUUACCAUGCUUUGUCAGACAAAUUAUCCAGGUUGUUCUACAGUAGUAAUACACCACCCCCCUCCAUUACCUGGGUGACCAGCAAUUCUGUAAAAGAUGAUAGUUACAUGGAAUCAAAGGGUAAAUUCCAAGGACCAUCAUUGCUGUUUCACUAUGUUACCUCAGAGUUAGUGUACUGCCCUUGCUAGCAAGCUGACACAGAAAGAUACCCGACUUUAUUACUUGGAAUCCCAUCAGUGAGUUAAUGUAACUGAAGGUGUAGGGAUCCUUGUUUUCCAACAGAAAGAUGACUCUAGUCAGAGCUCUCCUUGAUAAGGAAGUGUUUUAUACAUACUAGAUGUUACAGAGGAGGAUACUGUGGUGCAUUGCCUCCUUUAGUGAGCUUUAAAAAUGUCCUACACAUUGGGGAUGGUUUCUAGGUGCUGCUGGGUAGCAGGUUGUUGAAUUAAUGUCACAAAAGUAGACCCUGGACCUAGAGGGGAGUUGAGAUGUCUUCAUUUGCACUAGGGAAAGAGAGUUGGAAGCACUGAGUUUCAGAGCCCUUUGACCUGUCUUCUACCCUCCCUACCAUCAAGAAGCCACUAUUGCAAUUUUUAACAUUCUCAGUGUAGUUAUAGAAAAGAAAUCUCAGGAUGUAGACACUUCUCUCAACAGCCAGCUAGUUCAAUAUCCUCUUUGCCUCUCUGUCAGCUAUGAUAUUUCUUUAACAGACUGGUAGAUUUUAUAGCUGUUGGCCCCUUACAUGGGUCACAGAAGGUAUAUAAUUGCUUAUCCUGGUGGCUCCCAUCUGUUCUCUCUAAAUACUGAGUGGAAUAGAGCUCAGUAUUUUAAAGGAGCUUUAAAGGGCUUUGAUCAGCCAGCCCCCUCAAGGAAAAAAUGCCAUCCAAAAUUAGCCUGUUGAUCUCUAAAUUUGGAGGCUAGACCACUUGACGAUGGCCAUUUAAAUUUGGAAGUUAGACUCUUAAAGGUCAGUGAGUGAGGCUUAAGGAUAUAAGCCACAGCUGCUACUAGAUACUCUUCCCAUAACUGGUUUAUUAAAACUCACUGAAACAGAAAUAAAUCCCCGGAGUGCUUAUCCACUUACGGUUGCAGUUUUGCGUUUCGAGGGGGAGUGUGCAUGCUCCAUCUUAAACACACAGCCUUGAUUGCCUAUUUUGUAGGCGGCCCAAGCUCCAGGGGCGUGCGUCAUCGCUGCAGUAGCAGAUCACCAGGUCCUUUGCACACCACACUAAAAUAAAGCAUCUGUACCAGUUAGGAUUGCCCUGACAUAAUGGGAUAAGAAUUUAGGUUAAUUCUUAAAUGGCAGUGAUUUAUUUUCUAUGAGGACUCCCCUAUCCCUGGCCGCCUUAUAUGUUCUAAAAUUGAAGAAGUCCAUGCUCUUUAGGACAUGUAAUAUAAAAUUCUUACCUGUGCUAGGCCUCCCUGUAACAUGCAUGUAGUAGAUACUAAAGAAAUGUGCUGUAAACUAAAUGAACUGGUCCCCUCAAUAAUUUUUUAUGGCCUUGUUUACUCAUAGGGAUAACAUAUUUUUUCAUCCAUCUUUUGAGAAUGAUUUCCUAAUUCCUCUUUCACAGUAGUGUAAAAUUUACUAUUUUGUUUUUCAUUGUGCAGUUUUCCCCUGCAGUGUGCUGGUCUCUCAGUGCUGUUCUUUAUAUCCAAUAGAGCCUUUCUUCAAGCCUCUUUUUCCCUGGGGCAUAGAGGAUAGACCAUUAUACCAAGAAUCAGAAGAAUAGGUUCUACUCCCACUUAAUCUGUCUAGGACAUCAGUUGCCCCUAUCUGUAAAGCAGAGAUUGUAAUACUUGCCCUGUCAGCCUCUCAGAAAUGUGGGGAGAGUUAAAGAAGAUAAUAAUGGAUGGGAAAUUGUAAGUUCUCUUCAAAUGAAAAUACCCAUGACUCUAGUACUGUUGCAUAUUGAACCUGAACUCCCAGCACCCUUGCCAGCAUUUUGAGUACCAUAGCGUCUCCCCAGGGAGAACCAAGUGGCAGAUGAAAAUUUCAGUUCGAGCUAAUUUGAGUAUAGCCAAGUGCAAGUGGAAGACAUCCCUUUUCUAUAAUAAGCAUUUGUCAUAUGGAAAGCUUGAUAUCUGGAUUUUAGCCUUUUAAGCUCUGUUGACCUGUGGUUGCUCUUGUUUAACAGAUUACUGCUAAUAAUAGCUACCAUUAUUGAGUGUGUAGUAUGGACUGGAUUCCAGGGCAAGAACCUUACGAGAAUCAUCUCACUGACUAGAACCAAACUCCUGUUUUGUCCCCUUCCAGGAGACCCUGUGGGGACAGACAGCCUCCCAUUCCUAUGCUGCACACCCACAGACCACACUAAUCAUCAGUCAGCUGUUACUUCUUUUAAGUCUGCUUUUGAGGAGUGGUGUUAGGGAAGAGGCUUUCUUGAUGUUUUUGGAAAACAGAGGUAUAAGAGGGUACAUGGAAGAAAACCAUAAAAAAAAUGUUCACUGAGAAGAAAGCAAUUGCAUGUGCUCGUUUUUACUUACUUUUCGAACUUCUCAAAAAGCUCAGAAAGAGUCUCAUGCCCAUUAGAUUAACCAUCUCUGCAAAAAUAACCAACCAAAUAAUUAAAGCCACUCCAUCCCAGUUGGUUCGGUCUUAGAGGGCACAAACUUCUAACAUCUCUUCCUCAGCUGAGUAAUUUGAUAUACUUACUGCCCCUUUGAGUUUGUUUCACCUUUAUUGAACUCCCAGGGGGUGGUGGCACUCUUACAGUGGACAGAAAGAGAGCUGGCUCUGGUAGAAAGCCAGAAGAAGAGGAGGAAGGGUGUGAAAGUAGAAAUGUCAGGGCCCCCACCUGUGGUUCAGCUCUAUGCUUCUCUUGUUCCUGUGCUGAACUGGCAACACCCUUCAUCCUUGGGCCAUUUACAGACUACCUAGGAGGACCAGGGACUUCCGGUUCUUCUGUUAAACUAGAAACUGCUAUUUGUAAGCCUACUCAACUAUGGACUAUGCCUGGAUGAAUCUUAUGGCCCCUGAAAGGUACUUGUGUUCCCUCCAUUAAAGAAAAUUGUUGUAAGUUGGACUUUGCCAAUUUGGUCACUUGCAAUUAUUAGGUGGUUUAGUGGCCUUCAGUAGGUAGGGGUUGGGUGAGGGCUGUACAUCUCCUCCCCACCAACCUUACCAGGUGGUAUAUUACACUGAAAUCAGAUUUUAAGCCAGUGUCUGCAUCAUUCAUCUUUAUAAACACUCAGGCACCAGAACAGACAUCCUGUACUAGUCAACCUGUCAUGUAAGCUUGAAAGAGUCCCCACUCCAUUCUUUUAGAGAACCCAAUGAUAUCUUAUGUAAAAGGGUUAUUAGAAAUGAAUCGAAUAAUAUUACAGCAGAUUUGGUGUCAGGCAGCCUGAUUUCUGUUCAACUUCUAGACAUAGAACAGGUUACUAAUCUAGGAAUCUUAGGGCUAGUGGGCUUGCUAGAACUUUAUGCCCUCUUUGUGAAAGGGAUGGAGUGCCCUAUGGUAUUUGGGCCAGUCCACAUACAUUUAACACUACUAACUUGACCACUGAAAAAAAUCACUUAUUAACAAAGUCUUUGGCGCUGAGUUCUUGUGGUAGUAGCCUCUGAAGUGACUUGAGUUUUUCAAAUGCUAACUAACAACUUUUGGAGGGUGUAUUCCCAACUAGGGAACUUUAAAUGUUAACUAAACACUCCUAGGGUGUAUAUUAAGACCAAUUAACAUGUGCCAAAAUAAUUCAAAUUACAUUCAACAUAACAAUUUCUUAAGGAUUCCUUGUGUUAUCACACCUUCACAGUGGGGUGAGGUAUAUUCACUGCUCUAAUGUCAACCACCUGCUGGCAUUUCACCUUAAUAGUGACAGCCUUUUCCUUGUUAGAGGUGUGUGUGUGUAUGCAUCAGAGAGAGAGAAAGACAGGCAGGGGGGAGAGAAGCCGACUUAAAAUUCACAGUUGAAAAACAUUUUGGAGUUCACACAUACAACAGAACCCUCACAUCUACAAACAUCUCACUAUUUCAGGCCCAUUUUAUUAUCUUUGCUUUUGCAUUAUCUCUGUAAAAAGGUUAGAGGUAGGAACAGAGGCCAUAUUUACCUUGACAGUGGAAAUAUAUAAAAUAUUAGGUUUAUUUCUACUGUAUUUCCACUUAUUAGGUUAGUUAUUCUCUACUCACGUUUGUUUGACUGUGGAAGUUUGGAGCUGAGUAGACUAGAAUAAAAGAGAAUGUCAAAAAUUCAGAUGACACUAAACAUCUUUUUAUCAAACAUUAUCAAUUGAGACCAUGAUGUGGAAGUUCCUUCUAUAUCUCAGGGAGAAGGGAAACCACCACUGACAAAUAAAAGGAUUCUCCAUUCCAUUGGUUGGGAAUAAAUCACUUCCAUUGCUCCAUUCCCCAGAAUAGUCAGUGUUUGGGGGCUAAAGCCAUGAUAUAUAUCAAAUUACAUACCUACAUACCUCCCUACACCAAAAAGCUCUAGUUAUAUGCAGUAUCUGGUACCUCUAGCUGUGAGGUAUAGGGAUAAAUGCCUGAGUUUCAGGGGAACAGAUGUUGUGAAUAUUUAUGGAAAAAAGCAGCAUCUCCGUGAGUUAAAGGUUGGCAGGGCCCUGUCCUCUAAGUGCUCCCAUUCUAGAGCUGUGUUGUUUACAGUUGCCACUUGCACAUGAUUUACAUGGCAUGUCCUUUGGACCCAAGGAGAUAGACUAAUGGACUUGAAGUUAUUAUUAGAUUACAACUGCCAUCCCAAACAAUCUUCAAUAAACAAAAACCAGCUUCCUGAGAUGUUUCAGUGUUUUACUCCAUCUAGAGGCAGGAGACUGAACAGUUCCCUUCUUGAGGUUUUUCCCAGCCUUACCAUUUAAAGAUUUUAUGAUCAGGUUCCCUGUGGCCCAGCAGGACACUUGGUAUCAUGGCCUAGACCGGUUGUAUUUAUUAUCAUGGCACAGGACUGAACUGUAAAGUCGAUUAGAGGAGGCCUCGAGGGAAAGCCCCCCUGGGAAUCCAGAACAUCAGAUUGGCUACACUGGCUUAGAACUGUGGCCUAUCCUGCUACAAAUAUGUCUGACACCCAUGAAGAAAUGUUUUAUGUGUCUCCUCCAGAGGUUAGGAAUGAACUUCAAACAUUCGUUAUGUCCCUUAAUAACUCACAAUGGGUCUAUAAAGCCCAGGGUUCCACUGAUUCCCAAAUGCAUGGGCAUCACUAUUUUGGUUUUCAUUAUUCUUGCCAAUAAUGACCAGCUUUUUUUUUUUUUUUUUUAAUCCACCCUAACACAUUGAUCAGGCUAAGUUAAUUUCUUCUCACAAGUCAUGUUGAUGGCUCCACGUCCAUCAUAUUUUAACUACAGGCAGCAGUAUUUUGUCCUAAAUGCAUUGGUUUGCACUUACCCACACUGUGGCUCAUUAAUGCCUCUUUUUUCACAUGGUUUCAUGAGAACUUAUUGCUGUAUUCCCUUCAACUGAGCAUUUCAAUACCCAGAAGAGCAUUUGUCAUCUUAGGUUUCACUGUGUACUUGAAAUUCCACGUCCUUUGUAAAAAAAUGUUAAGUAGGUGGUGUUGCUACUGAAUCCCUGGAUUAUUCCACUUGUCUAUCCAGAAAAGUUCCUGUUUAUCCUCUACCUUCUUUUUCUAUUCCUGAGCCGAAGCUUAAGACAUAACAUCUGCUCCUGCCUAUUCAUUUUCCAUGUGGUCUUAACCUCUUAACUUCCUUACUUCUCAGUUUCAUCCCUGUAAGUUAGUAAUCUCCACCUCACAGAGGUUUUAUGGAGGGGGAAAAAUAAGGUGUUUAAAGGUUGUCUUCAAGAGAGCUCCUACUUUUAAAGUGAUUUUAUAAAAGCCCCUUGGCUUAGAAAUGAGAAACUCUAUAGCUAUUAUUUUUUCCUAUCCUUAUUUUGCUGUUUUUAUUUCUGGAAAGUGAUCUCUGUCUGAAUAGAGUCUGUACCCUGGUUUUAACUUUCUUCCCAUUACCCCCUUUCACACUGAAAUUGUCCUCUCUACCUUGUCCAUCCUCUGAACUUAUUACCUACAGAGCCAAAACUAGUUAUCCCACAACAAAUCCCACAUGCUCUUACUUCCAUGAUUGAAUAAAUUAAUGUCCUCCAGAAAGAGGCAUCUGGCUCUGGACAUAAGAAGUCAGAAGGUAAAUGAGGUCUCACUCUGGCACUGGCAAGAUCUCACCAUGGUGCCUUGGUUCUCCCUGUAUAAACUAAGGUUAAUUCUGCUAUUUCACAGCACCUGGGUGUUACGAGUCUUGACAAAAAAAAAAAAAUGAUGAAAAGUAUUUUUCAAAUGUCCUGUACUAUAUAAAUGCGUAGUGAAUGAUCUGGAGAGUCCUCAGGUAGAAAUGUGUUCUUGUGUAGCUCAAUUCAGAUUACUAAUCCACCCAUUGUUUUCAAAAGAAAUGUUUUACUAACCUGUUCUUUUUCUUUUUAAAGUGAAAAUUAGUUUCUAAUCAUUUGAACUAUUUUAAUUUUUCCGUAUGGGAAGAGAUCAAUAGUAUACAGAAAAUACCCAAAUUGUAUUUUAAGUGUUAAAACUGAAAGGGUUUCAUAACAAUGUAGUGGGAUAAGGAGGAGGAUUCUAGCUCAAAUGUGGCAAGAAAUAGAAAUACUAAGAUUAGCUUUGAUUCUGAGAUUGUAUUAUAAAUAGAUGUUAAUGUGGUUGUUUUUAGAUACUCUUUAUUUUUAAGUUACCAGAAAUUGUCUUUUAUUUUUGAAGUUUUGAACUAUGUGGUUCUUGACAUGUUUUGAAUAAAGCUUUUAUCAACUAAA